AUGCAUGACGAUUCUUAUGGAUCUCACCGUCUUGCAAUACAAAGACAUGCAUGCCGGCUACGAUAUGUGUUACAUCAACUUAACUGCGGUCAACUUUCGAUGGAUGAUCUCAAGAAGAAUCUUGAAUAUGCGGCUUUACUCUUAGAAACUGAGCAUACGGAUGGAAUCAGGCACAUCUGUGAUGAGGAAGAUGAUUUAGUAGAUGUUAAACCGGAAUCAGUUUCUGAUGAAGUCCGCGAAUGGCUUGCAGCAACAUUUACAAUGCAAUCGGCCAAUUUAAAACGUGAAAAACCGAAACUUAAAUCGGUAGCUAAUGCCAUACUGACAGGAAUUUUCUUUAACAAAAUGUUUAGAAAAUCACAAGUACUUCUUAUUUCAACACCACCAGAAAUUGCUGCGUUGAUGAAGAAUCUGAAUAGCUGGUCAUUUGAUUGCUUUCGAUUAAACGAAGUAUCAGAAGGGCAUGCAUUAAAGUAUGUUGGCCUGGAAUUAUUCAACCGAUAUCAUUUCUUUGAACGUUACAAGAUCCCAGUGAAGACACUUGAAAAUUACAUUGGAGCAUUGGAAGUUGGAUACAGUAAGCAUAACAAUCCAUAUCAUAACAUUGUUCAUGCUGCUGAUGUAACUGCUUCGUCACAUUUCAUGUUAUCACAGACUGGUUUUGCUACAAGCUUAUCAGAUCUUGAUAUACUGGCAGUUAUAUUUGGUGCAAUGAUACAUGAUUAUCAGCAUACAGGUCACACAAAUAAUUUUCAUAUACAAGCUGGAUCGCAUUAUGCAUUGAUAUAUAAUGAUCGAAAUGUUCUGGAAAAUCAUCAUGUUAGCGCAUCUUUUCGCUUAUUGAAAGAAGACGAUAAAAAUAUCUUUAAAAUGUUAAGCAGGGAAGAAUUCAGAGAGUUACGUGAUUUAUUGAUUGAAAUCGUACUCGCAACAGAUAUGUCAAGCCAUUUUGCGCAAAUUAAAACGAUGAGAGCGAUGUUAUCAUCAUCUGAAGGUAUUGAUAAAACUAAAGCUGUUUGCCUCAUCGUGCAUGCUUGUGAUAUAUCACAUGCCUCGAAACCAUGGGAAUUACAUUCUCGAUGGACUGAAGGUGUUCUUGAAGAAUUUUUUCGCCAGGGUGAUCUUGAAGCCAGUAUGGGUCUACCGUAUUCGCCUCUUUGUGAUAGAAAUACUGUACAUGUUGCUGAUUCACAAAUUGGUUUUAUUGAUUUUAUUGUUGAACCAACAAUGAUUAUUUGUGGAGAAAUGUUCACCAAAAUAAUUGAACCAUUGGUACCAUUACGAUCACCGAAUACUUUUUUACCACUUGAGAAUCUCAAUUUACAGUUAUCAAAUGUUGAUAUCACCCAGGAAUCAGAAACAGAAAGUAUAAACGACAAUGAAACAAACAAUUCAUUCCGUUUUUUACCUCUAAAUCAGGCUGGAAAAUUGGAAAUACCAACUCCAUGGUUGCAAUUCAUGCACGAGAAUAAAGAUCGAUGGAAAAAACAGGCUAUUAAAGAAGAAGAUGAGAGAAAGAAAAAUAGCGAAGCAAUCACCACUAAAUGA